AUGGACGAGAAGCAUUUGCAGAGAGAUAUUGCCUGGAAAAGGCACAGAACCCUUUUCGCGCCCCAGAGCAAAUCAAGGUUCCUCGAAUACGAUGGAGAGCUGAUAAAAUGGGAACCAUGUGGAGCUCUGAAUAGCAAGCCACUCGAAUGCAGCAGUAUCGAUGUCCCUAUAGAUCAUUUCGACCUCAAAAACUCGGGAGAUAAGACCUUCACCAUCCCACUCAUCCGUCUCCGCGGUAGGAGCGCAACUCAGAACCUCAUCCUGAAUCCCGGCGGUCCCGGAGGAGGUGGCUUCGAUCUCAUCUACCGUCUAGGCGAGCAACUGAACACAAUAGUUGGUGAGGGCUUCCAUCUGCUCUCGUUUGAUCCGCGCGGUGUCAAUAGCUCCACACCACUAGCUUCUUGUUACCCUGAUGGGAAGACGCGACAGGAGCUGUCCCGUGUGAGAUUCCACGAUGUUGUAGUCAAUAGUCCAGAACUCUACGCAUGGACUCAGAAUUUUGUCAGGGCUUGUUCUGAUACGAUGGGCGAGUAUGCAAAGUAUAUCAACACUCCACAGACAGCAGCGGACAUGAACAGCAUUCUGAAUGCGCUUGGUCAGAAAGAUAUGGCCUAUUGGGGAUUCAGCUACGGUACCUUACUGGGCCAGACAUACUCAGGACUAUUCCCUGAGCGUUCUAAACGGGUCGUCAUUGAUGGUGUGGUGGAUCAAUUCGAAUGGUACGAAGGUCUCUACGAAGCGGAGGCAUUGGUUGAUACAGAUGCCGUCCUUGAUGGCUUCUUUGACGAGUGUAUUAAGGCGGGUGUCGACAACUGCUCUCUGGCUUCUCUGGCAACAACUACUGAGGAGUUGCGCGACACCGUCCUUUCGUAUAUGAGGACGCUUCGGGAACAGCCUAUCAGUGUUUAUGUGAAUAAUACUUUCUACGGGGUACUGGAUUAUGACAAAGUCUGGUACAAUGGUGUUUUCCCGGCCUUGAAUAAGCCCGUGUUGUGGACGUCUCUUGCAGAAAUUUUGUACAACCUCAUGCAAGGAAACGCCACAGACGCUUUCUUUGCCUACAGGAAUGAAAAUUCCUGGCAGCACGAGGCCAGCGAAUUUGUCACCCUCAACGAUGGAGUUACGGGCCCGGACCACUGGCCCCAGGACAGACAAUCGCUCCUUGAUAGGAUCGUUCCCUUGGUCAAUCAGAGUCUGUUCGGUGCCAGCCUGAACAAAAUGUACUAUAUGAGACAGCAAUGGACUGUGCCAAGAACACAUCCAUACGUACCGCGCAAGGGGGUCAAGACGGCUCAUCCACUCCUGAUUCUCACGACUACUUACGAUCCGGUGUGUCCUCUCAUGUCUGCCCGCUCGGCAAACUUGGCAUUCGAUGGCUCACAGAUCGUUGAGAUAAAAGGGUACGGCCACUGCUCGCCCGUAGUGACGUCGGUAUGUGCUACGAAGUAUUUACGCGAGUUUCUUUACGAAGGCAAGUUGCCUGAGACAUAUACCCAGUGCGAGGUCGAUUCUCCGUACUUUGCUAGGAUAACGGAGAGUAGUAGUGGAUUUGCCCAGAAACGUUUUGAGGAUCCGGAAGAAGAGAGAAUUCAUCUUGCCCAACUGGAGCUCGCGAGGAAAUGGAGCCAGCUUUGGUUGAUAUAG